AAAAAUAGUGACGAUAGGUGUCGUGAGAAUGCGUCUUUAAAAAACACGUUAUUUCAUUGGUACAGUCGGAAUAAAAAAUAUUGAAAAGUCGAACAAAUCAAUAAUGAGAAUAGAAUGGAAAGAGCCAAUAGGACUACAAGGAAUGUGUUAACUCAAAAAGAACUCUUAUUUUUUACCGUGUAGUUAACAAAAUGGCCGCAUUUUAGUCUUCAGAGAUAAGACUCUCUUUGCUGUUUGCCAAAAAUCGAGACUGAGAUACGAUAAUUGUGCGUUUAAAAGUGUGACAUAACGUUAAUUUUGUGAAUAAUUUAUUUACGUAGAUUACUUACCACUCAUUUUAUAAUGUUACGACAUCAUCAUCAUUCGAUGCAAAAUCAACUACGAGAUCAAAACAGAAUGGCUGGUCCUACACGACAAAUGUCUCAAACAAAUAUGAUGCCCCCACAUCAACCUCAACCUCAUAUGCAUCUACAUCGAGGUAUGCAUGCUCCUCAACAAAUCAUUUCUCUUGCUGGCCAUCAAGCAAUGCAUGCACAUCUCCAACAUUCUGGACCGCCACGACAACCACUUCUAAUUGGAACGAACGCACAAAAUCCUAAUGGAUUUCGGCUCAUUAAAACCCUGAUAUGCCUGUACUUGGUACUACUAAACAUUGUGGAUGCUAAAUUUCAUCAGCCGGUGUUACGGUAUAGUCUUGACGAUUUGGACUUAUUAUUCGGGACAACAGGAUGCAUCGAAGGCACUAUGGUAAGCAUUGGUGUGAAUAGACAAUCAGAUACGACAGUUCCUGGUAAUCUACAGAGUCCAACCGUUGUGCAGUACCAAUAUCAACAAUCAUCACCGCAACAGCAGCAACAACAACAGCAGCAACAACAAACAACACAAUCGCAACAACAGCCAUCACAACAGCAACAAUCACAGUUAUCAAAUGCUAGUGAAAAUAAAUCACCGACUCGUGAUGGUAGUAGAGAAUCAAGAAAUCAUAGUCCUCCGAAUCAAAUUCACACUAAUGCUACUGCCACUAAUUUGGCAAACAUGAAAGAGAAAACUCCAAUGUGCUUGGUAAAUGAACUUGCAAGAUUUAAUAAAAUUCAACAUCAAUAUAGAUUAACUAAUGAGCAAGGUCCAGCACAUAAAAAAAGAUUUACUGUAACAUUAAAAUUAGGUGAGGAAGAAUAUGUUGCUGAUGGGCCAAGUAUAAAGAAAGCUCAACAUAGUGCAGCAACUGAAGCAUUAUCCAAAACUUUAUAUAUUCAACCUCCACCUAAACCAAGAGCUAUGCGUGUUGGUCAUUCAGGAAAAUGUCCGAGUGGUUCAGGAAAUUAUACAAGUUAUUUACCACCAACUGUUGGACUUAAUGCAUUAGCAAUGAAACGUGGUGAACCAACUAUUUAUACUUCUAGACAAGCACCACCACCAAAUCCUCAACCAUUCAUGGCACAUGAUUUUAAUAAUAUGCCUGAUCAUUUACGCAUAUUUAAUCCUUCUUAUCCACGAAAUAUAAAUCGUUAUCAUUACAUGAAACCUGAAGGUCUUUACAUUGGAAAAUUGAAGGUUGGUGAACGUGAAUUUACUGGUCAAGGUGCUACUGGCCAAGCUGCACGUCAUGAUGCUGCAAGUCGUGCUUUGGAGCAACUACGUCAACUUCCACUUCCAGCAGAAGUUGUACAAAAUAAUAAUGAAAAUGGAAUAAAUGUUGGAAUUGAUGAUCUUAACACUGAACUUAAGAGUCCAGUUUCUUUAGUACAUGAGACAGCAUUAAAACGAGGACUUUCAGGUAGUUUUGAGGUAGUAUCAGAAAGUGGAAAACCUCAUAUUAGAACAUUUACAACUAAAUGCACUGUUGGAGAAAAAGUAACUCUUGGAGAAGGAUCAUCGAAAAAAGUUUCAAAAAAAAGAGCUGCUGAACUUAUGUUAGAAGAAUUAAAAAGACUUCCUCCUUUACCUGCUACAGUACCAUGUCGGCCAAUUCGGAUUAAACGUAAACCUCUAGCGACUAAAAAAAAAUCACGAAACCUCAUUAAAGAUUAUGAAGAACCACGACAAGAAACUGAUGCUGGUGAUGAAAUAAAUCCUAUUUCACGACUUGUUCAAAUUCAACAAGCUCAGAGAAAACCAGAACCAGUAUAUACUUUGAUUGAAGAAAAAGGUGCUCCACGACGUCGUGAAUUUCUCAUGGAAGUUUCUAUUGGAAAUCAUACUGCACGUGGAAUCGGAUCUAAUAAAAAACUUGGUAAACGUGCAGCAGCUGAAGCACUUUUAACUAAACUUGGUUAUAAUAAACCUGAGAUACAACCAAUUAAAUCAUCGAUCAAAACAACAGACAGUGAAACAUCUAAUGUAGAAGGGAAACCUCGAAAAGUAACAUUCCUUGAAGAUGAAAAACAACAACAUCAAAAUGAAACCCCAAAUCAUUCGGUUGGUGGUACAAUUGGACGACAGUUGGUACCUGGACUACUAUUAGUGGAUGGUGGUCAGGAAAAUAAAUCAAAUAGUGGGCCAAGUAUUCAAGUAGUUGCUGAAGAAUUACGAGAACAACAACAAAGUAAUCCUUCUGGUAUUUCUCCAAAGGAGCAACUUAAAUAUCUUGCUCAACUUCUGAAUUUUGAAGUAGAAUUUAGUGAUUUUCCAAAGAAAUUUCAGGGUGUCUACAAAGAAUAUUUAUCACUGGUGUCUUUGAACACGGAUCCACCACAAGUUUGUCAUGGCCAUGGACCAACAACAAGUGCCAGCAGGGAUCAGGCUGCUUUAACAGCACUACGUACACUUAGUAAACUUGGCCUCGAUAGUGUUACUAAUACGCAAAAAAAAGACAACAAACCUGCUCCAGAUCAAGCCAAUAGUCAAGCAAAAAAUAAUAUUAUCAAUCAAGCGAUUGAUAAGUAACCUUGAUCAGUAAUACUGAAUCAAUAAUGUUAAUUUUUUUUCAAUACACGCAUACUUCUUGCUUCAUAACAUGAAAAAUAAAAGUU